AUGCCCAACAUAGUCUACAGUGACAAUGCCAAGACUUUUCGAAGCAGUAACAAGGAGCUGCGAGAGUUAUGGGACGUAGUCAACAGCAAAACAGUCAAGGGAAAGGUUGCUGACUGGAGAGUAGAAUGGCGAUACAAUGCUCCACAUGCUCCUUGGCAGAAGCCCAAGAGGAUGAUGCCGAGAAAUGCUCCUGUCAAGGUGCUAAGCAACUGGUUCAAGUUACUUCUAGCCAUUCGUUCCGUGAAGCUCAUCUUUGGUCCACACGUAGUGGAAGUGUCGCCCGGUGUCAACGAAGCUGAUCUAGGAACUUGCAAGGCACUUUUCUUCGGGAGUGUGCGUUUGCUGGCCAUGCCGCCCAAGAGGCCCCCUCUCGAGCCCGUCUACGAGGACGACCCGCCAGUAGCGGAGGACCUGCUUCGGCAGAUGACAGCCCUUUGCGCUUUAUUGUCGCAGCGGCUCCCCACAACGCCAAGUCCGUCGAAGAUUUUCUUGCGGACCUGGAGGCUCACCAGACAGCCGUGGGAGCAACCGACGAAGCCGUCCUGCGCCGGAUACUACCCGCUGCAUUGGCCCCGAGCGAGGUCCCGCACUCCACGAGACCAACGAAGCCGAGCCCCGGGCCACGACGCCCGUCAGCCCUCCUAUGGUGCGACUCCUUGCAACCGCCCUACCUGUCACGUUGCGACCUGGACGGUUCUCCGAGGGGACACCAGUGUCUCCUUCGUAUCCCGCAGACGCUGGCGCGACCAGGCCCGACCUCUUCUAGGGGACCCAGUUGCCCAGGUCUCCGAGCCCUUCCAAGGACUCACCCUCCAGGACAGACACCCUACGGAGCCGCCGGCCAUCUAUAGCCCGGAAGAGAGGAGUCGCCUCUGUCCCCUUUGUGGGGUGCCACAAGUCAGCCCGGAAGCUCAUCGGGCGGGGACUCUCCACCUCACCCGUGCGCAGCAGCAAGCAUCCGCAGCGACUCCCAUGCUUGGACUGCAAGACUUGGAAGCCGCAUUGGCCCUGGUGCGGCGCUACCAACCCCAUCUUCUCACCGGGACACCAGUUUGGGUCCGCCCGCAAGAUGAACGAAUUUUGGACCUCCCCGACUUCCCGGACAUCUGAGUUUUUUUGGGAGGGGAAGAUGUGGACGCCACAAGGUGGCGACGUAUCAGUACAGCAGGGAAGGGCGAGAGCCGUGACCCCCUCUCCCCGUAACUGCUUAAAAGAAGUAAGCAUGGAAAAAACGAGACAGAGGUGUGUACGC